CUAGGUAUAUGCCCUGACUGGGAAUCAAACCAUCUACCAGUUUUCAGUUUGACCCCGGACGUUCUACUGCACCCUCCGUGGAAAAUUCACAGCACAUGCAGGGGAACACCUGGGUGGACGAGGCAUGAGCGUCUGUGUGUGUGGAGCUGCCUGGGUCCUCGUGAACCCACUCCGGGGUGCAGCCUUACUGGAGCCAAGGGCAGGGCCCAUCCACUCAGAGAUUUCUUUUCUCCCUCAGCUCUGUGUGCUUCCCCUGCCCCUGCCCCUCCCCAAGUGGGCAGCUCAGGACACCAAGCAGCAGCAGCUGUGCUUCGGAUGGCCGGGCCGCAGGGGUCUGCAGCGUACGAGCUCCCGUCUGCGGACCACACGGGGAGGAAGUGGACAGGCCGGGCACCGAGUCAGAGAGCCCUGAACCAGAACAGCAUGCCAGAGACUUCCUGCAGCGUGGCCUCACCAGGUGAGACUAGGACAGAGAAAUCUGAGUUGCCUCCAGGGCAGGAAAUGCCUGAAGGAUAUUGACCAUCACUUGCUGGGACACCAGGAGGCCUAUGUGGGGUGGAACCUGGGGCCCCAGGAGCUGGAAUUGCCUGUGAAGAUGCCAUAGGGCAGCUGGAAGCACAACCCUCAGAGGAGGGAGGGAGCAGCCUGGAAAGCAGUUUCCUAGAAAUGACUUGUGAGGAUAAAAACAAAUCCACAAAAGAUGGAUGUAAAGAACCUGGGGAUCAUCAGAAUCUGUCUUCCAGGCCUGCAGAACAGUGGGUUGUGAAGUCACAGAAAUUCUAUCCGUGUGAUGAAUGUGGCAAAGCUUUCAGUCGGAGCUCACACCUCAUUGGCCAUCAGAAAAUCCACACUGGAGAGAAACCCUAUGAGUGUAUCGAGUGUGGCAAGACCUUCAGGCAGACCUCUCAGCUCAUAGUUCACCAGAGAACCCACACAGGGGAAAAGCCCUAUGAAUGCAGCAAGUGUGGGAAGACCUACCGGCACAGCUCCCAUCUGGUUCAACACCAGAGAUACCAUGAUGGGGAGAAACCGUAUACAUGCAACACAUGUGGAAAAGCCUUCACUCAGAGUUCCCACUUCAUUGACCACCAGAGAACCCAUACUGGGGAGAAACCUUAUGAAUGCAGUGACUGUGGGGAGACCUUCAUUCAGAGUAAAAGUCUUGUCCGACAUCAGGUUCUACACACUGGUGAGAAACCCUACAAGUGUAACGAGUGCGGGAAAGCUUUCUGUUCUAAUAGAAAUCUUACUGACCAUCAGAGAAUUCACACUGGGGAGAAGCCUUAUGAGUGUUUUGAAUGUGGCAGGACCUUCAGUCGGAACAAAUGUCUUACCCGACAUCAAAGUCUCCACACUGGGGAAAAGCCUUACAAAUGCAGGGAGUGUGGGAAAGCCUUCAGUCAGAACUCUCAGCUCGCCGACCAUGAGCGAAUUCAUACUGGAGAAAAGCCUUUUGAAUGUAGUGAGUGUGGGAAGGCAUUCAGCCUGAGUAAAUGUCUUAUUCGACAUCAGAGGCUUCACACAGGUGAAAAGCCCUAUAAAUGCAAUGAGUGUGGAAAAUCCUUCAAUCAAAACUCACACCUCAUCAUACACCAGAGAAUUCACACUGGCGAGAAACCUUAUGAAUGUAGUGAGUGUGGGAAGGUCUUCAGUUACAGCUCCAGUCUGAUGGUACAUCAGAGAACCCAUACUGGGGAGAAACCCUACAAAUGUAACAACUGUGGGAAAGCCUUUAGUGACAGCUCACAACUCAUUGUGCACCAGAGAGUUCACACUGGCGAGAAACCGUAUGAAUGUGCUGAGUGUGGGAAAGCCUUCAGUCAGCGUUCCACGUUUAACCACCACCAGCGAACUCACACUGGAGAGAAGCAGUCAGGUGUGGUUCGGUCAGCUUCCUGAGGCCUAAGUUUCCAAGACUGAGAGCAAGGCACUUGGCAUUAAGCUUUCUUUGUAAGAAGGGUGUUUACUCUGACCCCCUGCAGGAGCCAUUAAUGAAAGUGGGCCAUCCUGAGUGCUGUCUGCUGGGUCAUGAGGGUGGGAGAGUGGGGAACAGUGUGUUCCCUGCCCACCAUUGUGGACGGAUGGGCUACGCAUUUCAUGCACUUGAAGGGCUUUCCUUUUGUUUUUAUUUUUAUUUUUUUUUCUGUUUAAAAAUAUAUUUCAUUUCUUUUUUAUGCAUCCCAUAAUUGGCUUGUGUGCUUCUGAGGGAUAGAAAUUAUAUCUUUGUUUUUCUCCUCCACCACCUUCAUUUCUCAGUUUAUAGAAAGUCGUCCUCAAGACCUGUUCACUCUCUUUUUUUCUUUUGAAUUUUUAUGAGUUAUUUGGGCCAAACUGACAACAUGACAGAAAGAAGAUCUCAUAUGCUCCUUCUUUUCUCUUGUCUUGGCUCUUUCAAAACUUUUAUUUUAGUCUAGACCCUCAUCACUUGUUCACUAUCUAGAAAACCUUUUCUUCUUCCUGUUGCUAAUCUCUGCCCCUCAUAACCUUUAUGAUCCAGCUCAUCUGUGAAAGACUUCCCUCUUGAAAUGCUUCUUCCUUCCCCCUAAACUAUUAACAUGACUUCAAUACUUUGAACUAGACUGAGCUACAAUUUACAGUUGUUAAGUUGUCUUGUCAAUGAUUCACAACCUAAUGCAUAUGUGUAUACUUCCACACCCGCUGAAUGUGGGUUCUUUGAGGGUGGGUAUGACAUCUUAUUUUUUUCAUCCUAUAGAUAAUAAUCUGCAUGUACUAGUUAAAUCAAUAAUUUAAAAAAUUUAACUCUCCAGUGCUUUGGGCAAAUUACAUGCCCAUUCUUAAAUUGGGCAUGAGCUUUCCUGCCACCUCUUGACCAAAAUUUUAAAGAUGGCUGCCAUAGGAUAUCAUAUGCGAAAACCUCACUCUCACAUUCUACAUGUACCCCUGGGAGACUUUUAAAAUUUUUUUCAUAACUUCUACUUGAGCCCAAAUUUUGAGGACAUGCCUGGAACCCCCGGGAGUCUUACUACUGUUAUUUUAGCCUGAAAGAGCAAUGUCAUCUUGUUAAUAGGUACUUUUCCCUGCUAACUGACUUUAGGGCUGAACUAGCUGGUUCCAUCCUGAUGCCUGAGUAAAUGAGUGAAGAACUGCCUCAAAUUUUAGUGCAAAGAAGAUCUGACAUUCCUGGCUGUGGCAGAAAUGAUUGAAAAUCCCAGUUUAGCCGUAGCUGGUGUGGCUCAGUGGAUCGAGUUGCCAGCCUGUGGAUGAAGUGUCGCCAUUCAAUUCCCUGCAAGGGCACAUGCCUGGGUUUCGGGCCAGGUCCCCAGGUGGGGGUGUGUGAGAGAGGCAACUAGUCAAGAGAUGUUUUUCUCCCACAUUGAUGCUUCUCUCUCUCUCUUUCUCCCUCCUUUUCUUUCUCUCUAAAAAAAUAAAUAAAUAAAAUAUUAAAAAGAAUAAAAUCCCAGUUAGAAGCAUUCUUGGAAGUUUGUAUUCACAUGAUUCAGUUUGUUUAAAGAUAAUAGACUUAAACUUAUCUGAUUUCCUUAUCAACUAGUUCUGUGUCCCGCAACUGCCAUCUAAAUUUAGGGUGAGAUGUGUACCCUUCUUUAUUGUCAUGUUCUGGACCAUCUUUCAUUCCCAGGUGUGUGAGAGGCAAGAAUCUUUCCAGAGGAUUUCCUCUCCUUCUGCAGUCAUAUAUAAAACAGAAUCCUGAACAACUUUUUUUCUCCUCGCAGUAGGGAUCCAGUGCUGGGAGACCUUUGUCUCUGGUGUUCACCCACUUCCUCUUAGCAGAACAAUAGGAUUGACAAUGGGAGGAAGGGGGAGGAGGAAGUUAGAGGUACGAUGUUAGGUAUGUACCCUGGAGGGAGGAGUUUUUGUGAACUGUGAUUUAUGUCUCAGAGACAAGAAGGAGGAAAGGGAACGAAGGUGAGGCUCUAGAAAAUCAGAAUUUAAUGUGAUUCUGGGGAAGGCGUCUCAGAUACAGAGAAUGUUUAUCGUGGGGGUCAAAAGAAAAAGAUGUGAAACUAGCUUCAUUUGGCAUGUUAAAUUACCUGGGCCGCAUAAUGAAAUAAAAAAUAAUAAUAAACCUUAGGUUAUAUGUGCGUGAACAAGUGUUACUCAUAUAGGUAAUCUACAAAUUGAAGUUCAUAAAAAUUUGUUGGUAUUGGCAUUGUCUAGUUGUUAAAUUAUUGUAUGCCACCAAAAUAACUAAAUAUUCUUAUAAAUGAACUCAUCAUUUUUAACCAUGGCCCUUUUUAAAAUCUUUUAGUCACUUACAGACGGUUGCUAUGGUAAACUGAUUUUCAGAGAGCUUAAUGAAAACGACUCUGAUAAGUAGCCUGGAAUACAGGAUUUAGAUAAGUUUAAUAUCACUUUACCUACACCAGUAAGGGUUUCCAAAACUCGAAUGGAAAAACUGGAUUCCCGCAGAGCAAAAAUAAAUGACUUGGGAUUAAAUGAACUGACGAGAAUGUUAUAAAUUUUUGUUUGAAACACGCUAGUUCUUUAAUGUUUUGUUUCCAGGCUUAAGAAAAUCUUUUUCUGUUUUAUCUUAGGCUAUAUAUGACUUAUAGCAGCUUGGUAAAUUAUACCUUUGUAAACAGAAUUAAAACAUUUAUGUUUUUCUCCUUAUCUCUUCCCUUUGGAAUUGCGAAAC